AUGAAUCCGGACCCGAACAAAAAUCCGGCCUCUCAGACUCAAUCCCAAACCAAACCAGAAGAAGCUCCUCAACCCUCUGCCGAUUACGCUCCGUAUCCGAAACUUGACCCGAAAGACGUCACUCCUGUCACUGACACGUGGAGCUCUUCCCCUGUCGGAUCGGAGUCUCACGGGUCGGGUAAUAAUAAUUCACCCAGGUAUCCGUCGGCUGCGGAAGGCCCAGCUCCGAUUUACGGUGGUGGCGCUGCCUCCAUGCCGGCCGAGUCCAAUCCCUACGUCUCCUCCGCUCCCGUCCCAGGAUCAUCUACUUCGAAGAUAAAGGAAGUUUUGGGUCAAUGGGGAAAGAAGGCUGCAGAGGCUACAAAGAAGGCAGAGGACUUGGCCGGAAACAUGUGGCAACACUUAAAAACUGGCCCUAGCUUGGCAGAUGCUGCUGUUGGAAGAAUAGCACAGAGCACCAAGGUAUUGACAGAAGGUGGAUAUGAAAAGGUCUUCCGUCAAUCAUUUGAGACCAUCCCUGAUGAGAAACUUCUAAAGUACUAUGCCUGCUACUUAUCUACUUCUGCUGGACCUGUCAUGGGAGUCCUGUAUUACUCAACUGUGAAACUAGCAUUUUGUAGUGAUAAUCCUCUUUCAUAUACAGUGGAUGAGGAGACACGGUGGAGCUAUUACAAGGUGCUUAUUCCGCUGCAUCAGCUAAAAGCAGUUAAUCCUUCAAAGAGCAAACUCAAUCCAGCUGAAAAAUACAUCCAGAUUAUUUCUGUUGACAAUCAUGAGUUCUGGUUCAUGGGAUUCCUCAACUAUGACAGUGCAGUGAAAAAUAUACAAGGUGCAUUGGAGGCUCAUCACUAG